UUACUGUUCAGCUUAUACAUGUACUUGGUUGACUUAUUGUGGUUACAUUUUUGGUAAAUGAAAUUAGCAUUAAAUGUCAAACUGGAAGUAAAUGCGCUAGGGAUAAAGCUAUAAAGUGCUGUAUAUAUUCAUAACGCAAUGGGCAAUGAGGCGUUCUUCCAAACUUCAGUAAGCAGUGAUAUCUGAUCCGAACGUCUUCAUUUACAAAUGCAUGUACAUGGGGAAAUUAUGACGAUUGUCCGUCGUGGCCUAGCUGUUCUAAGAGCUGUGGUGGUGGUUCAAGGUGCAGGACAUGCGAAUUUUCUGCGAAACAUGCAAUGCCUUUUGUUAUAAUGGUGGCGUGUAUCAAAGCGGAUCUUGUCUAUGUCAAUCUUGGAGAUCGGGGGAUUGCUGUGAGCGAUGCAGACAUAUUUACAUCGCCAAGUGUCUACAAGGCAGACAGGAACGCGGUGGUUCCCCAGAUGGAGUCAGAUGCACACAGUGUGAAAACGGCUACACAUCUGGUGGCUACGGAAAAGGCUGUAAAGAUGUCGACGAAUGCCGCGACGGUACUGAAAGAUGUAGUCAUGGCUGUCAUAAUACGGCUGGGUCCUAUAGAUGUACAUGCUCCAACAGAUAUCUAUUACAUUCGGAUGGCCAAACUUGCAGAGACAUUGACGAAUGUGCGCCUGGCGUUGGUGGCUGUUCGCAAGUAUGCACCAACCACGGUGUUCUUGCUAUCCUGGCUAUCAACUGCAGGCUGAUCAACGGUCGUGCGCAGACAUCAACGAAUGCCAAAUGGGAGCAUCGAAAUGCUCUCACAUUUGCAUCAAUACUGUUGGAAGCUUUUUUACAUAGCAUCUACGUCUGUUUCGUCAUAUUUAAUUGCUCAGGCAGGGUAAUUUUUUAUGCACAUAAUACAAGUUUGAUAUUGUUAUAUAUAUUGUUAUAUUAUUUUUUUCAUUGACUCUUUUCUCAACAACUUUUAAUAAGAUGUAUGUAUUUUUAGAUGGAAUGUAGUCCGUAAAGAGACCAUUAAUUUGCAUUAAAGUUUCAACACAAUGAAAAGGCGACAAAGACCGCAACAAAUUGGAAAAAGUGUAUUCGAACUAAACAAUCAUCCAUGAAUAUGUCAAACUUUGACAUUCUCUAUAAGCAAUUGAUAUGUUUCAGACAUCAACGAAUGCCAAAUGGGAGCAUCGAAAUGCUCUCACAUUUGCAUCAAUACUGUUGGAAGCUACCAGUGCCGAUGCAAUCAAGGUUAUGGUCCAGAGGCAAAUGUAUUGACGUGCACAGGUACCAGCUGAUGAUUAAUGACAAUUAACAUGGCUAAGUUUUAUUAAAAUUAUAC